CUCUGAUUCUAGAAAAUUCUCUCUAAAAUAGGGCUUUCUCGUAAAACACAAAUAGAGUGCUAGUUUCACAUGUGAACACGUUCUAAAGUUUGUAUUAAUCUAAUGUUCACCACAUUAUUGUUGUGGCUAAUUUUGUUUCCUUGUGGUCUAGUCUUCUUAAGAACCGACCCGUGAAUUUCUCUCCUCUUUUCUCUCUGUUCCAUCUUUUAAAAGUUUUUUCCCCCAGAAUCCCUAAGUCAAUACAAAAAAACAAAGCUUAAGAAGUCAUUACGGAAUCAUGAACAAUCAUCCACUAUUAUCCAUCUCAAACCCAGUCAAGUUCUUGAAACCACCAAUUCCGUACGAUAUAAGCCUAAACACAUCAGCCAUUAACAGUAAACAGAGGCGGCAAAGCAAAACCCUUGUCGUGAAAUCCAACAAAAGGUCAACAACAACACAAUCAUUGACUAGUAGUGUCUCCGUGGUUACAAGGAGAAACAACAAUGGUGGUGAUGAAACGACUCCGUUUAGGAAAGUGGGUAGAGAUGAUAAAGGACAAGCGGUUUUGUUGUGUGCUUUAGGGUAUUGGGUUCAAGGGUCAAGGUGUUUCCCAUGGCUUGCUCUUAACUUCCAUAUGGCUCAUUGUCUUAAUCUCAAGCCAUCGACAAUUCAGCUUGUGCAGUACACUGCUAGUCUUCCCAUGGUGGCUAAGCCUCUCUAUGGAGUUCUCUCUGAUGUUCUCUACAUUGGUGGUGCUCGUAGAGUUCCUUACAUCUCCAUUGGAGUGCUUUUGCAGGGGUUAGCAUGGGGUUCAUUGGCGAUAUUCCCGGCCGCUCGAGAAGUUCUUCCUUCACUUAUGGCAUUUGUUCUUCUUAGUAACCUUGGAGCUUCCAUUACUGAAGUUUCUAAAGACGCUCUUGUUGCGGAAUACGGUUUAAGAUAUCAGAUGAAUGGUCUUCAGUCUUAUGCGCUUAUGGCUUCCGCGGUUGGAGGAAUCCUUGGAAACUUACUCGGUGGAUAUUGCUUACUCAAGACACCUCCUAGAAUCUUGUUUCUUGCUUUUACAGCGUUGUUGUCUCUUCAGCUCAUUGUUUCUCUAUCCUCUAAAGAAGAAUCUGUUAACUUGCCACCGAUCAAAGAGGUAACUCCAGAGAUAAGCUCUGUUUUGGGGAUUGUAAAGAAACAGUUUUUGGAUCUUAUGGUAAUUGUUCAGGCAGAUGAAAUCUCCCAGCCUUUAACUUGGAUAGUAGCUUCCAUUGCAAUGGUCCCUCUUCUCUCUGGAUCAGUCUUCGGCUACCAAACUCAAGUUCUAAACCUCGAUCCUUCGGUUAUUGGAAUGUCAAAGGUUAUUGGACAGUUGAUGCUUCUCUGUUUAACCGUGGUUUAUGACCGCUACUGGAAGACACUUCCCAUGAGGCCAUUGAUCCAUAUCGUGCAACUCCUCUACGCCUUUUCGUUACUCUUCGAUUAUAUCUUGGUGAAGCAAAUAAAUCUCGCGUUCGGGAUCUCAAACACGGCUUUUGUGCUCUGUUGUUCUAGUGUAGCAGAAAUUCUUUCACAGUUCAAGAUUCUUCCUUUCUCUGUUUUGCUAGCAAACAAGUGCCCGGGAGGCUGCGAAGGAUCCAUUACCUCAUUCCUUGCUUCAACUCUGUGUUUAUCAUCAGUUGUUAGCGCAUUCGCUGGAGUUGGAAUGGCUAAUAUGAUCGGGAUAACAUCGAAGAAUUACACAAACCUGCCAGCAGGAAUUCUGAUACAGUCUUUGGCAGCUUUGGUGCCUUUGUGGUUUAUCCACUAUGUUCCAAUGUCAGAGCCUGGUUUUGAGAAAGAAGGAAAGAGAGCUAUGAGUAAGAAAAGCAGAAGGAAUAGACGAGUAGGGAGAGUCAUAGGUCAGGAAGUUUUUGCUUACCGUCGGGAAAGAGAAACAUAAACAAGAAUCAGUCUGAGUUAAUAGUUAGAGAUAGUUCUUGAGCUGAUAUAACAUUGUUUCUUGGGAGGAGAAGAUUUUGUGCCCAAGUAACAUAAAAAUCCAAGAAUGUCAAGAAUCUCAUAAAUCCAAUCAAAGCAAUGUUACAUCACAGUUCACACCAAUCUUGGUGCAGCAACUCCAGGAUUCUCUCCACUGUUUCAUUCAUUGUUCUUGGUUUGGAGACAUGGGAUCUCAUCUCUUCCAAGAAGCCUGCAAGUUUAGCGGCAAGCCAACGCACAAUGUAACAUCUCGUUGUAGAUAUAAAAAUGACAUGGAAGUAAAAUUAAAGUUUGUGUUAGACCA